AUGGCAAAACUGAAAGUAUACCACCGUCGCCACAAAAAGAAAAGAAGAUCACCAAACUGGUCUGAGCUCCAGCCCGAACUCUUACAGCUGAUCACGAACAAUCUCUCUUUCGUCAACGUCCUUCAAUUCAAAGCCGUUUGUUCUUCGUGGAAACACGCUGCCACUUCGUCUCAUACUCCAUGGCUCAUGCUCCCUAGUAGUAGCAGUCGAGAAAACGGCCAAAACAACCCUGACAGUGCAGCUCGUUGCUUCUACAGUCUUGAAGAACAAAAGGUUUACACCAUCAAGAACGCGUUUCAAGGCUUUGAUCAUGGGGCUCGGUGCCUGGGUUCAUCACAUGGGUGGCUGGUCAUUAUGGACAGCAAUGGAAACCCACAUCUUUUAAACCCGUUUUCGCGACGUCAAAUUCAGCUCCCGCUGAUUUGGCCCUUUCCUCGCUUGACCGGUGAUCUCUCCUUGGAAAGUUUACGGAUGUGUGUUAGUAUUGCCAAGGCUGUCCUCUCCUCCGACCCGUCUUGCGACAACAACUUCGCUGUUGUGGUGAUUUAUGAUUCUUUACCGUCAAAACUUUCAUUUUGUAAGCAUGGGGAGGACAGCAGAUGGACAGUCUUAAAUGCGCGUAGAGAAUAUUGUGAUGUUAUUUUCCACAAUGAGCAGUUGUUUGCAUUGGCUGGGGAUGGCUCGGUUGAAGUCUGGGACUUCAACAACUCUUUUCCCAUCAAAACCAUCGACCUUCGUCAACCAUUUGCAGAAAUUGGAAACGUGGAUAUAGUGAAAGACUUUUCAAGGGGCAUUCAUUCUACUCAGACUUAUUUGGUGGAGUCUUUGGCUGAGAUUUUGUUUGUGGGGAGAAUCAUUCAGAACUUUGUCAAGCAUGAGGACAUUGGUGAGGGGGAUCUUCCUCAGGAGAGUGAUUAUAUCAGUCCCUAUAGAACUCUGCACUUUUACGUUCUCAAAUUGAACAUCACUGCCAAAAAGUGGGAGAAAGUAGAAUCAUCGUUGCGCAAUCAAGCUUUAUUUUUGGGUGGAAAUCAAUCGAUGUCAGUAUCCACUCGGGAUUUUCCAGAAUUAGAAGAAAACUCAAUUUACUUCACAGAUGAUCGUUGGGAGGAGAUAAAUUAUGUGGAAGAUUAUGGUGGUCAUGAUGUUGGAGUUUACAACCUAGGAAAUAAAAUUGUGAAGACACUAGUACUUGAUCAGUUUAAUAAGUGGAGAGUUGAUCCACCACCCUUUUGGAUUGUUCCUAAUCCAUGGUGA